UCAUGCCCCUAUCGCGCCCUACCCCCUAUCACCGAACUAGCCAUCACCACGCCCCCUGCUGCCUGCGCCCUUUUGCUGCUGCAGCCGACUCCGCCUCCCUUUUCCUGCACCCCUCGAGCCUACAGCAGCCUACGCCCCCCCUCUGCGCCGCCUCUCUUCUGCAAUCCCCUGCACCAGCCCGGCCCGUGCCUGCUCAAGAAACAAACAAAAAGGGGUAGGAUUGGAAUGCUAGAAAAAAGGGGAUCUCUGCCAUUUUGCUUGGGUAUAAAUAGAGGGUUUUAGGUUAGAAACGAGGGGGGGUCUCCUUUUUUUGGUGUGGUUUUGGGUGUUGACGUUGAAGGAGUCUUUUCAUUUUUUGUGGUUCUGGUGUUGCCGGCGGAGGAAAGGAAGAGUUUUCUGUUGAAAGGGGGGGCUCGGUUUUGUAUCCGGAGUUGACGGAGGGCUUGUUUGCUGUGUCUGCUUUGUUUAGGUAAAUCUUUGAACAGAGGAGUUUUCUGGGAACGGUGGUGAAGGGGAUGAUGGGAGCCUGGUCCCGUGGGUGGGAUCCCUCCCAUCAGCUCUGGAUCCAUCUUACCCAAAAAGCUCUGCCGUGGGUGUUUUUCUUAUUUUUGGUGAAUAUUUCUGCAUCUUUUUGUUUAAUGUUCAAGCUUGUACAUGUUCCGUUUGAAAUUGAAUGAAAAAUCAAAAAAAAUUUGUUCA